AUGUCCACCGCUUCAUCAGCAGCCAACGCAUCGACCGGCUUCCAACUCCUUCCCAACCCCGCCAACCCUUCCCCCGCUGAAAUCUCUGCCGCUCUCAAAUUAAUUCGAUCCGGCGGCAUUACUUACCCUCAAGAAGCCACCCCUGAUUGGUCGACAACCACUCCCUCCAUCACUCCUUCCUUGCCUCGCGAUGUCAAGCUCGAUAUAUACGACCCGGCUUCUCUCCCCUCAAACUCUUGCACCCCCUCUAGGCGUCCGGUGUUGUUGAACUGGCACGGCUCAGGCUACACCGUCGACCGCUUCGGUGCGGACGCAGACGCCAAUCGCUACCUCGUCGAAGUUCUCCCUUCACUUACCGUUGUUGAUGCAGACUACGUAAAGGCGCCCGAAAACCCGUUCCCCGAGGCGUUGUACGACGUCGUUUCAGCGGUACGCUGGACUCUUUCGCAGCCGUUCUUCAACGGGGAUCUCAUUUUAAUGGGCCAUAGUGCAGGUGCACAAUUCGCUCUAGCCCUCUCCUCCCGCAGCACUGCUCUCUCCCUCGGCUUAACCGCGGAAGAAUACUCCCACAUCAAAGCCUGCGUAACACUUUACCCCCCAACAGACUCAUCCAUCCCUCUAAUUGACAAAGCAACCAACGAACAAGGUGAACUACCAAACAUCCCAAUGGCAGCUCUUUCUUACCAGGUCAUGCACUUUUUCUUUGGCGCCUAUCUCGGUUGGGAGCCGGAAGUGCAGCAGAAGAUGGGCAACGAUCCGAGAGUCAGUCCGGCUAAGGCGGAGACGGGGAGCUAUGAGGUUCCGUGUUAUAUCGUUGCCUGUGAACAUGAUCCCUUGGGUACUGAGGCGAAAGAGUUUGGGGAGAAACUGGUGAAAGAGGGCGGGGAGGCAAAGCAUGAGGUGUAUUUUGCGAAAGGAGUGGGACAUAGCUAUGAGACUAGAAUACCUGAUGUUAGGCAUGAAAACAUCCUUGAGGUGCCAGGGGGUAGGGCGAAAAAGGAGAGCUUUGAGCGUAUGGUUGCCUUCAUUAGAAGGCAUGUCAAGUCUCUCAAUGCCAAAGCUUGA